UCAGCCCCCCAGGAACGAAUUCAGAACUGGGUACUGAAUUGGGGGGUAAUGGGGGGGCACAGGGUGGAGGUUUGGGGGCUCCCUGCUCUAACCGGCCCCAGCCCCCCAGGAUGGAGUUCGUGACGGGGUACCGGGGUGGAGGUUUGGGGGCACGGGGUGGAGGUUUGGGGGGCUCCCUGCUCUAACCCCCUGGCCCCCCAGGAUGGAGUUCGUGACGGGGUACCGGGGUGGAGGUUUGGGGGCACGGGGUGGAGGUGUGGGGGGCUCCCUGCUCUAACCCCCUGGCCCCCCAGGAUGGAGUUCGUGACAGGGUACCGGGGUGGAGGUGUGGGGGGCUCCCUGCUCUAACCCCCCCGCCCACCAGGAUGGAGUUUGUGACGGGGUACCGGAGUGGAGGUUUGGGGGCACGGGGUGGAGGUGUGGGGGGCUCCCUGCUCUAACCCCCCCGUCCCCCAGGAUGGAGUUCGUGACAGGGUACCGGGGUGGAGGUUUGGGGGCGCGGGGUGGAGGUGUGGGGGGCUCCCUGCUCUAACCCCCCUGCCCCCCAGGAUGGAGUUUGUGACGGGGUACCGGGCUGAGGUGCUGGACCUGGCCGAGUUGCUGCUCGCCUGGCACCGGUCCCAGGCCGGGGGGCCCCGGGACAGGCAGCACCAGCGGCGCCAGGAGGGGCAUGUCCGGCGCCUGCCCCCCGACCCCGCCCUCUGGCUGCUGCACCUGCUGCCCAACCCCCGGCUGGGGCUGGCGCUGCCAGGGGAGGUCCAGGGGGAGCCCCGGGGGCGGCUCUGCGGGGAGGACGCCUUGCAACUGCGGGACCUGCAGCGGGCGGUCACCUUCCUGAGACUGGACGAGGAGGACGAGGGGCCAGAGACAGGCCAGGCCCUGGUGCAUGUGGAGCGCCUCCUGCUGGUUACGGAUGAGCACGGCACAGUGAUGGGCCUGGAUUUCCAGCUGGGGGCCGGGGGCCCCCCCAAGCCGUCCACGCCCCCCCCACUGGAGCAGCUGGCGCUCGGCCUGCUCUGCGAGAGCAUGGCCUGUCCAAUGGGCGGGGGGGAGCCCCGCCGGCCCCGGCUGCUGGCCGUGGGGGACCCCACCUUGCACAAGUCACUGGAGCCCCUGCUGCCCCAGCUGGGGGUCAGACUGAGCCCGGACCCCAUGCGGGGCUGGGGGCCGAAACCCACCUUCACCUUGCCCUCCAUGCGCGUGCGAGCCUGUCACGUGUGCAAGAGACACGGGUUCCAGGGGCGGCUGGUGCCGUGCCAGCAGUGCCGGGCCGUGCUGUACUGCUCCGAGCGGUGCCGGGCGGCCGACUGGGCCCGCAGCCCCGAGGACGCGGCCCACCGGGCCUGGUGCCCCCGCAUGGCCGGGUACAUGGCCCGCGCCCGCCAGCUGGCCGACCUGCCCUUCACCUUCGCCGCUGAGGUGACCAGCGACGGGUUCAACAGGGAGGGGUUCCUGGCCGCCCGGGGGCUGACGUGGGGGUACUGGGCCCACGAGAGCAUGCUGGUCCGGGCCCCCGACUAUGGCGUGGGGCUGGGGGGCCAGAAGGACUGGAGACCCGGCCUGCUGCAGAGCGGUAACCCCUUCGAAGCACUGAGGCUGGAGGGGGGAGCGGCUCUGCCCCCCCACCUCCCCGGAGCCCCCUGCACCAAGGACCUAUUUCAGCUCGUGGCGCGAGUACUACGCGUGGCGGGGGCUCCCGCUGGGCUCCCCCCUGGCGGCGCUGCUCAGUUACCCCCUGAGCGUCUAUUACAUCGUCACCCAGCUCGUCCCCCGGCACUUCCCGGAGCUGAACAUCCUGAACAAACAGUCGCUGCGAAUUCACAUCGUGGAGACGGGGAAGGAAUCGGACAUGGCCCCCCUCUUCUGGGAGCUGUCGGUGCUGCUGCCCCACGUGUCGCUGGAGCUGCUGUUCGUGGGGGGGGUGUUGCCCCCCGAGGCCGACGGGCAGCAGGUCCUGCUGCAGAGAACGGAGGCACAGGGGGUGCGCAUCUGGCCCGGCCCCGCCCCCAAGGCCAAGGGAGGGCGGGGGGGGCUGCAGCUGAAAUUCUGUGCCCAGCCCACCCCACUACUGCCAGGCCCCAAACCCGACCUGGUCAUCGGGUUCAAUUCCGGCUUUGCACUGAAGGACACGUGGCUCAGCGCCCUGCCCCGAUUGCAGGCACUCCGGGUCCCGGCCUACUUCACGGAGUGCAGCGAGUACAGCUGCGCGGUGGACGAGGCCACGGUCUCCAUGGCGACGGGGGGCAGCGCCGGACCGGCCCACGUCAACCCCUUCCGCUCGCCCUUCCGUCAGGCUGGCAUCGACAACGCCAUGCCCUGAGCAAACAGCCCAGGCCAGGGAGACGUGACUGGGAAUCCUCCGGCUCCAGGCAGCGGCCCCCCCAAAUCCUCCGGCUCCGGGCAACGGCUUUCCCCGAGUCCUCCGGCUCCGGGCAUCAGGCGCCCCAAAUCCUCCAGCUCCGGGAAGCUGCCCCUGCAAAUCCUCCGGCUCCAGGCAUCAAGUGCCCCAAAUCCUCCGGCUCCGGGCAGCAGGUGCCCCGAUCUCCCCCUGGCUCCAGGCAGCGACAUCCCGCCCCUUCCCGAGCCAUGUGCACGGGGCGCUGCUCGCGGCUCGUGGGGCUGGCGCUGGUGCCCAUGGCGCUGGGCUGCAUCGUGGCCAACGUCCUGCUGAUGUUCCCCAACGGGGAGACGGGCUGGACCGAUCACCUCACCCUGCAGGUCUGGCUGAUGGGGGGCCUGGCCGGCGGGGGGCUCAUGGUUCUCUGCCCCGGGCUCUCGGCCAUCCGCGCCGGGGGGAAGGGCUGCUGUGGAGUUGGAUGCUGCGGGAACCGGUGCCGGAUGCUGCGCUCCGUGUUCUGCUCGCUAUGGGGCGUCCUGGGGGGGUUUUACUGCCUGGUUGUGUCCGCCACCGGCCUGGCCAAGGGGCCCCUCUGCCAGGAUGCUGAAGGGACAUGGGGGUCGCCCUUCCAGGACAUCAGCGAGAACUACCUGGCGAACCGGACGCUGUGGGAGCGGUGCGUGACCCCGCCACGGGUGGUGCUGUGGCACGUGGUCCUGUUCUCCGUCACACUGGGGCUGGGGGCCAUGGAGCUGGCCCUGUGCGCCCUGCAGGUUCUCAACGGGCUACUGGGCACCGUGUGCGGGGACUGCCGCAAGCCGGCCGAGCGCCAGCCAAUUCCGCUCCCCGGAUGCCGAACGCCGCCGGGAGGAUCCUCUGCUGGCCGGUGGGCUUCGCCGGGGGGACCCCCUGCUGGCCGGGGGGUUCACGGCGCCUUCGGUAUUUGCUGGGCUCCUCCCCACCCUUCUCCCAGGCAUAGGAAGGAGGGGUCUCGGGAAGCCCUCAGCAGCCGGCUGACCACUCCCAGCUGGGACAGACACUGGUGCCUGCGCUGCAUUUGCCAGGCUGCUUCCCUGAGACACAGGGAUCAGUUCAUUCGCGCGAUCUUCCGCCUCCAGCUGGGCAAUUAGCUGUUCUUUGGUGAGCCUCCCAAUGCGCAGCCGCCUCUGCUUGCAUAGCUCCACCAGGUCGCUCUUAAGCCGCUUGGCAUACAUCUUCCUGCUGGCCACUCACCGGCCUGUGUGCUCACAGCUCCCCACAGUUCCCAGGGGGCCCCCUAGUGUGCCAGCCCUUCUUGAGGUCACCACCUCUCUGCCAGGGUCGAGCUGCAGACUCCUCCGCCCCUGGGACCACUCGCUGCGAUCCCCCCGGGGGACCCUGUUACUGCAAAAGUCCUUCUCGCUGGUCACACACUCCCAGGGGUAAUAACCGUCUCUCUCUUACUCUUCAGCACGCCUGGUCCCCGUCAAUCCCCCUUCGUUUUACUGCUCCCCAGUUACUUACUGCAGGAAGCGCCGUCCACGGGGUGCAGUAGAUCCCACCGCUGACACCAGUUGUCACGGAGUAUUGGGGGACUCAGGGCCCUGCACCCCCGGCUUCCUGCGAUUCACCAUGACUCUCAGCCAGCCAGUAAAGCAGAAGGUUUAUUUGGAUGACAGGAAUACAGUCCAAGACAGGUCUUGCAGGCACAGACAACAGGGACCCCCUCAGUUAGGUCCAUCUUGGGGUCCCCGGGCAUUCCAGCCCAGCCCCCCUUGGGAGGUCAGAGCCAUCUCUGCCCCCCAGCCCUCUCUCCCUGCCUGCUUCCAGCACUCUCCUUUCAGCGACCCCUCCCACAGCCUUUGUUCAGUUUCCCGGGCUAAGGAGUCGCCUCCCCUUCAACCCCUUCCUGGGUUCUCAUGUUACACACUCAGGUAUGCGCCCUCGGGCGCCCUCGGGCAGAUCCCAUCCUGCAAUGCAGACUAUCCCAGAACACUCCCCUGUCAGCAUUCACAGACCACCGUGAGAACAGGCCCA